UUAUCCGGGCCGGUCCUAUAACAAUUUCUACUGAUGGAGUUGUAUGUGCCCGACCACUUCAGCUCUAUCUAGCCGGGACUGGAAGGGAAGAGUGACAUUCCAAAACAUAAGCCAAUCACUCACUCCCUCACUUUGCAGCUACUCUGUCUAAGCUAGACGACCUGAAGAAUGGCAAGCAAAGCUGUGAAAACUGUGGCAAAAGCCGUUUCAGAGUACCAGUACCCAUGGAAGGAGAAGUUGGCACAGCACAAGAAUGAGCUGUCCAAAGGUGUGUGGGGUUACUGGAAGCUGGGGGCAUGGACGCCGCUCCAUAUUAGUGGUCGUCGGCGGGCUAGACUUCGCAAGGAAGUCCUCCUCGCCGGAGAAGACUGGCCAUAUGAUCCAGAAAGGAAGGAAAUGAGAACCAAGAUGAAAGGACACAAGUGUGAUAGGAUUGCUGCGGAGAGACGGGCGAAUACUGCCAAGCUGAUGGAGCAAAUGCCAGAAAUGUUGCUGGCAUACAAGAAACGUAGGUGGGAGAAGAAGAUGAAGGAAGAAGACAAAAAUAAAUAAAUAUUUUCCAAUUCAAUGCUGUUUCUUUUUUCAAGCUGCUUAUGUAGUAGCUGUUGUCAAAAGAGUUGCAUUGAUAGUAGGGCGUUUUCCCUCCCAGAAAGAAUUUUUGUGUAAACUCUGGUUUGCUUCAAUGUUUUUCCAUGGUUUAAGGAAACUAAAUAUCCUGUUUUAUCAGGAUAAGUUGAUGGAGGUUGUAUUGA